ACUGAUGGGAUUUCUGUGGAAAGAGUGAAGGACACUGCGAGUACUUCCGAGCUAUGGCGUUGCUGUGCUACAACAAGGGCUGCGGGCAGAGGUUUGAUCCCGAGCACAACGCCGAGGAUUCCUGCCUGUAUCACCCAGGUGUCCCCAUUUUCCACGAUGCCCUAAAGGGCUGGUCUUGUUGCAAGAAGCGCACCACGGACUUCUCUGAGUUCCUCUCUAUAAAGGGAUGCACAAAGGGGUUCCACAGCAAGGAGAAGCCCCCUGAGCCUUCCAGCCAAGAGAAGACCUCAGAUGAGCCGAAGGACAAACCAGUGAAGGAGAUCAUUGUCCAAGGACCAAAAUCAGCUGAGAAAAUGCUGCGGGAAAGACCAAGCUCCGAUGAGCCGAGACAACUGCUGCCAAUUAAGGUAUCCAGGUCGCUGGAGCAAGCACUGGAGAAACUGAACCUGAACUCCAAGGAYGAGACACUCGAGAGCAGUUGCCCAGGUGAGGAGGCUGCUGAGGUGACAGCUGGCACCAGGUGCAAGAACGCAGCCUGCAAGGCGAUCUAUCAGGGCCCAGAGAGCAACGCAGAGGUUUGUACGUUUCAUCCUGGCGUCCCUGUCUUCCAUGAGGGGAUGAAGUACUGGAGCUGCUGUAGAAUCAAAACCACAGAUUUCAGUGCCUUCAUGGACCAGCCRGGCUGCAGCCGUGGGUGUCACUGCUGGACAGAAAAGAAGGACAAGAAGGCGGUGCUGUGCCGGCAGGACUGGCACCAAACUGGCAGCCAGGUGGUGGUGACAGUCUAUGCCAAGAACCCCCUGCCUGCCCUCAGCACUGUGAAGGCCAACCGCACCAUGCUUGAGGCUCAUGUCGUCUUUGAAGGGAAUAAGAUUUUCAGGGCAGAACUGGAGCUCUGGGGGACCAUCGACAUCGACAAGAGCUUUGUGAGCAUGGUCCCAGCCAAGGUGGAGAUCACGCUUUGCAAAGCCAGCCCUGGCUCCUGGGCCAGGCUGGAGCUGCCCCAGAGCAAGCUGCAGCCCUGCGGUGAGCAAGAGAAGGAAGCUGCAAACACGGAGGAGCCUGGGGCUGUGCAGGAUGAGGACUCUGAUGACAGCUUGAGCUGGUCCGAGGAGGAAGAUGAAGAGUUGGAGAUGGGAACACCAGAUAUGACAACACCRAGUCACUGACAGUCAAGUGCUUCAGCAGCUGAGCAGUGCUGGUUCCUGAGCUGCUGGGCACCUCCAGAGGAGCAGACCUAGCCCAGAACCGUGUGCAGGCUGCAGCACGGCCUCUUCCCGGUCAGAAGAGACAAUCAAUAAACACCCAGAGCAAAGGUUGUACUCUGAAAUCC